AUGAAAUCAACACUAUCUGUUUCUCUCCUCGUGGGUAUGGCCUGCGCACAAAGCGCCGCUGUCACGCCGGCUCGUACCCAGACGGUCGUGGACCUGUUUCUUGGCGCCAAGAGACCGGGCAACUACUCGUUUGACGGCAGAGUAAUCACAGCCGACUCUACAGCGACAACGUACGAGAUUGUGUGCAAGUCAGGUGCACUGAAUCUUCCCGGAUUUCCCACCACCACGUGCGAUCUUCGAGACCCGCCAUGGACUGUCACCAAUGGGCCUUCCUUGAUGAUAGGUGUGCUUUCGACUGCCAUUGCAAAUGUUACAGCACUUUUACAAGAAACGUGCACUGUGGAGGACCGUACUGCCGCGUAUUGCAACUAUACUUUUGCAGAGAGUAUAGGAGGGACUAGCACUUCCACAUCUUAUACCACUGUGAUUACAGGCGAUAAUUACUAUGAGUAUCCAGUCGCAAUCACGGCCGGGACGGAGAACUUGCCACUAGCUACCACCACAAGCGAGUCAGCUAGCCCAACGCCGACAUCCGGAUCCUUCAGGUCUACUCUUGAUAUGAUGAUGCUACUAGUACUAGCUGGUAUCAUUGGGAUUUGGAUAGGCUAUUAG